AUUUUAUUUUGCCACUAAGCGCAUACUAUUUGGCAAAAAUGUGUCGCCCUACUACCUUUGCGCGCAUGUGCCGCGCGAGGCAUUAUGGGAAUCGUCGAUGUUGCUGCGUCACAACGCCUGCGUCCCGCCUUUACACGCACCGCACCGGAAAGAUGGCAAAUCAGUCAAUGGAUAUCGUAGCAAAGGUGCUGGAGCAGCAAAUGCUGCAAACAGCACGAAUUGUUGAAGAUAAGAUAGACUCUGAGCUGCAGAAGCUAGAGCGGUUGGAUGAGGAUGAACUCGAGCGUCUCCACGAGAGGAGGCUAGAGGCUCUCAAGAAAUCCCAGAAACAGAAGCAGGAAUGGAUCUCUAAAGGCCACGGUGAAUACAGAGAGAUUCCAAGUGAGAAAGAUUUCUUUGCUGAAGUUAAAGACGUCAAGAAUGUGGUUUGUCAUUUUUACAGGGAUACCACUUUAAGAUGCAAAAUCCUGGACAAACACUUAAGUAUCUUGGCAAAGAAGCAUUUGGAGACCAAAUUCAUCAAACUAAAUGCAGAGAUGGCUCCAUUCCUAACAGAAAGGCUUAAGAUUAAAGUCCUUCCCACACUAGCACUGGUGAAAGAUGGGAAGACUAAGGACUAUGUAGUAGGCUUCACUGAUCUAGGUAACACAGAUGACUUCACAACUGAAAUGCUGGAGUGGAGGCUGGGCUGUUCAGAGAUCAUCAACUACAGUGGAAAUCGCUUUGAGCCUGCAGUUGGUAAGAAAUCGACAAUGUUUACCAGAGUGGAGAAAAAGACCAUCAGAGGAAAAGACUAUGACUCCGAAUCUGAUGACGAUUAGAAUAUGUUUUUCCUCAUGUCUUAUUACAUAAGCAUAAUAGACCGAGCAUAAAAAUGACUAACUGCAUAUGUACAGAUCAGAGCAAUCAGCACAGAUGUUUUACUCAGUUUCUUGAAUUCUGGAAAUAGUAAUGAUCACAUAUUGGGGGAGUUUAUUUAAAUUAAAAGUGAAAGAUUUAUCAGGCUGAUAGUACAGAUGGGACUCUUGAAAUACUUGUGUUUUUAUAGUUCUAAAAACACUAAUUCUAUUUGGUUCUUAGAUUGAUGUAUUUAACUUACUACAUCUUUUCAGAUGCCCCUCUGAAUAUUAACCUCACAUUUGCUAAAACAUAGAAUUUAGCUCUAGGGACUUAUGAAUAUCCCCAAGUGCCAAGGAAGCUACCAUUACCAGAAUUGCUACUGUAUGAUCCAUGUGAAUAGAAACUUUUGAUUUUUUUGUAGCACUCAUUAAAAGAAACUUUACUCAUCA